UUGAGGUGAAGUUGAAGUGGAGAACAGUCAGAGCCAAGAGGCGAAAUUUUCGACUGGAGGUGUUGAGAGGGAGAGAAGAAGAGAGAGAGAGGGAGAGAGAGAGAGACAGAGAGAGAGAGACAGAGAGACAGAGACAGAGACAGAGACAGAGAGAAAGGAGCGUAAAUAAGUAGCCUACCUAUAGCCUUUACCUCGUAACGCAUCACAGCAGGACCGUCGAUCGAAUCUCAAGGCACUUAGCCCCGACAGACACGGACGAACAAGGCAGUGCGGAGCAGGAGCAGGCGAUGUUGUGGAGUGUGGGUUUUGGUGGCAGGAUGACUGUGGUCAAGCUCCUCCUAUCCUUCUUCAUCCUCCACUCGUUCUGCGAAGCCUCCAACCAGCCUCCACGCUUCCAGAACUACUUUUUCCACUCCUACCUUCUCAUCUAUGAGAACACACCAGUCGGCACGUCAGUGACCCAGCUAGAGGCGCUGGACCCAGAACAGGAGACCCUCAUCUUCGGUGUCGUGGGAGAGGAGGCCAUGAGGUACUUUGCCGUGGCGAGAGACACAGGAGUGGUGUGGCUACGACAGCCCCUGGACCGCGAGACCAAGUCAGAGAUGCAGGUGGAGUUCUCUGUGAGUGACAGCCAAGGGGUGGUCAAAGACACAGUAAAUAUCCAGAUAGGAGACGUGAAUGACAACUCCCCUACUUUCCAUGGCCAGCCGUACACAGUACACAUCGCAGAGAACACUCCAGUGGGCACCUCAGUGUACCAGGUGAAUGCCACAGACCCAGACCAAGGCACAGGGGGAAGUGUGCUCUUCUCCUUCCAGCCCCCCUCUCCCUUUUUCUCCAUCGAUGGAGCCCGUGGUACGGUCACUGUCACCAGGGCUCUGGACUACGAGACCACCUCAGCCUACCAGCUCACUGUCAAUGCCACGGACCAGGAUAAGAAGCGGCCUCUAUCCAGUCUGUCUAACUUGGCCAUCACCAUCACUGAUGUCCAGGACAUGGACCCCAUCUUCACCAACCUGCCCUACAGCACCAACAUAGAGGAGGACGCCCCACCGGGCUAUGAGGUGCGCAAGAUAAGAGCCAUUGAUCAGGAUCUGGGGAGACCGAGGGGCAUUGGCUACACCAUCAUCUCAGGCAAUACCAACAGUAUCUUUGCUCUGGACUACAUCAGUGGCUCUCUGACGGUGAAUGGACAGCUGGACAGAGAGAACCCCCUCUACUCAGCUGGAUUCACUCUCACCGUCAAGGGCACAGAGUUAAACGAUGACCGUACCCCGUCAGAUGCCUCGGUGAUGACCACCUUCACCAUCCUGCUGAUUGACAAGAACGACAAUGCGCCCAAGUUGAACAGCUCCGAGUACCGUGUGCACAUCACCGAGCUGGCCCAGGUGGGCUUCGCCCUGCCCCUCUUCAUCCAGGCUGAGGACAAGGAUGAGGAUCUCGGACUGAACAGUAUGUUUCAGGUGUUCCUAACGGGGAACAACUCGGAUCACUUCACCAUCUCCCCCACGGCAGUGCAGGGCCGUGCUGACAUCAGGAUGAGGGUGGCCGUGCCUCUGGACUACGAGAACAUUCGCUCCUACAGCUUCUCUCUAUUUGCCAAUGAGUCCAUGUCAGACCAUGUGGGUUUUGCCCGUAUCUACAUUGACCUGAUCAAUGAGAAUGACAACCGGCCCAUUUUCAGUAAACCUCUGUACAACACCAGUCUGCCUGAGAACACACCCAGCGGCACCUCCCUGCUACGCAUCCAGGCUAUAGACGGUGACUUUGGCACGUUUGGGACCGUACGGUAUUACUUCAGUGAUGAGCCUGACCAGUUUUUGUUGGACGCUGAGACGGGCUGGGUGCGUCUGAGGGGAAAUCUGGACUACGAGCUGAUGCGUCGGUUCACCCUGACCGUGCUGGCCCGGGAUGGGGGUGGGGAAGAGACCACGGGCAGGCUGAGGGUCAACGUGCUGGAUGUCAACGACAACACACCCCUCUUCCAGAAGGAGGCCUACAUGGGUUCGCUGAGAGAGAACGAACAGGCCACACAGCAGGUGGCCCGAGUCAGGGCUACAGAUGAAGACUCUCCCCCUAACAACUUCCUGACCUACACCAUCACAUCAGCAUCUGCGUUCCGUAGUUACUUCAGAAUUAUCAUGGUGGAGGGCUACGCAGUGAUCAGUGUGAACAGCCCUCUGGACUACGAGAUGGUCCCUGAAGGAAUGAUCUACCUGACUGUGAUGGCCAAAGACGGGGGGAAACCAGCCCUCAACAGCAGUGUCUCUGUCACCGUGGAGCUGUUUGAUGAGAAUGACAACCCGCCAAAGUUCAGCAAGCCAUCCUACAUCGCCAAGAUCCAUGAGAACAUCAUUGCAGGGGCGACAGUUGUGUUUGUGAAUGCCACUGAUCUGGAUGCCUCCCGAGAGUUUGGACAGUCCUCCCUCAUUUACUCCCUACAGGGCUCCUCCCAGUUCCGCCUCAACACUCGCUCAGGAGAGAUCACCACUACAGCCUUACUGGACAGAGAGCUGAAGUCAGAGUACAUCCUUAUUGUCAGAGCUGUGGAUGGAGGGGUGGGGCCACUGCAAAAGACUGGCAUUGCCACGGUGAACAUCACCAUUCUGGACAUCAACGACAAUGCCCCUAUGUGGCGAGAUGAGCCCUACCAUGCCAACGUGGUGGAGAUGAGCCCCAUGGACACUGACGUAAUCUCUGUGAGUUCAGCUUGCCUUGUGCCCUGACCCCCAAAGAUAAGCUUUGGCUUGUAGAUUAGACAGACAGAUCGCUGACUUGUCCGUAGCAAUUAAAUUGAAAGUGUGAUUUUUCGACCACUUAACACUUUUUGGUGGAUAUUAUUUUUCCUGUUGUCCUUCAACUAAACUGAAAGUGAAUUGGAACUUUAAAUGCAUCUGAAUGUUUCUCCCUUAGAUCAGAUAUG